UCAAGGAACAUCUGGCUCUGCCGGGUUCAGCUUAAGGGUAAACGGAGGUCCAUUUGUGAGCAAUGGAGGUCCUCCACUCACACUCUAUCCCCACUAUCAAUUUUUCAAAACUCAAUUUCCCCAAAUUUCACAGACGGAUUCGUCGGAUUCGACUAACUUCACUCAAACUUCACGGCAUUAGAGCUGAAGCAUCGUCAUUGUCAUCUUCACCCUCUCUGUCUCCGUCGACGGCCGGGGAGAAGAUGGUGGUGGAGCUAGUAGGAGCUUUCAAUGAACUAACGGAAAGGAUGAACGUGUUGUCAACAAGUUCUUCCCGUUUACUCUUCAAGGCUCUUAAGCUCUCAAUUCCUAUACUUCAAGGCUUGCCUCUGUCUCCUGAUUCUCGCUCUCCGCUCACCAAAGCCUUGUCUGUUGCUCUUCUCCUUGCCGAUCUUCAGAUGGAUGCUGAAGUGAUUUCAACUGGGAUAUUGAGGCAAGCUGUUGAGGCAGGUGUGGUUUCUACACAACAAGUGAGGGAUCAGAUUGGUGUUGGUACUGCUCAUUUGUUGCAUGAAAGUUUGCGUUUUAAGAAUAAUAUUAAUUUAAAGUUACAAGUUUUGGAUGAUGAUACUGCUGCUGCUUUGAGAAAGUAUUGCUUGACUUACUAUGACAUAAGGGCCUUGAUUCUAGACUUGGCUAUUAAACUAGAUAUGAUGAGACAUUUGGACUACUUGCCUAGGUAUCAACAGCUAAUGGUUUCUCUUGAAGUUUUGAAAAUUCAUGCCCCAUUGGCUCAUGCUGUGGCUUCCAAUUACUUAUCUUUUGAAUUGGAGGAUCUUUCGUUCCGACAUCUGUUUCCUCAUUCUUAUCUUUAUGUAGAUACAUGGUUGAGAAGUCAUGAGACGGGAAGUAAGCCUUUAAUUGAUAUAUACAAGGAACGGUUGCUUCAGUCUUUAAAAAGUGAUCCUGCCCUUUGUAAGAUGGUGGAUGAAGUCUCAGUCCUAGGUCGUUACAAAAGUCGUUACAGUACAAUGAAGAAGCUAUUAAAAGAUGGCAGGAAGCCAGAGGCAGUGAAUGAUGUUUUGGGUUUGCGAGUCAUAUUGAAGCCAAAGUCAGAUGUAGGAAAUUUGUCUGAAGUAGGCGAGAGAGCAUGCUACAGAACACGUGAAAUUAUCCGAUCUCUGUGGAAAGAAAUGCCUCACAGAACAAAGGACUAUAUUGCUCGGCCAAAAGCAAAUGGUUAUAGGAGCUUACAUAUGGCAGUUGAUGUGAGUGACAAUGGUAAGACUAGACCACCAAUGGAAAUACAGAUUAGGACUACUGAGAUGGACAUGUUGGCAGCAAAUGGAACAGCGUCCCAUUCUUUGUACAAAGGUGGUCUUACUGAUCCAGAAGAGGCAAAGCGGCUCAAGGCCAUAAUGCUGGCUGCAGCUGAACUUGCAGCACUGCGUCUUAAAGAUCUUCCAUCCUCAAAUCAAAUUGGUACUGAGAUUGACCAGAGAGAUCGAGUUUUCCGCCUUCUCGACAAGAAUGGUGAUGGUAGAAUCAGCAUCGAGGAACUUAUGGAAGUGAUGGAAGAGCUUGGUGCUCCAGGAGAAGAUGCACGAGAAAUGAUGCAGCUUCUUGAUUCAAAUAGUGAUGGUUCUCUGAGCUCUGAUGAAUUUGAUUUGUUUCAAAAACAGGUUGAAUUUAUGCGAAAUUUAGAGGACAAGGAUGAUCAAUACAAGACCAUUUUAAAUGAGAAGCUUCAAAUGGAAUAUAACAGUGGCUUGAUUCAGGUAUAUAGCAAAGAACUUGGUAAUAGGCUUGCUAGUUAGACUAGCAUAUUCACCAUGUACAUAAUUUAUUUUCUGUGUGCAUAGUGAAAUUACCGUGUGCUAUACACUGUUUAAGGAUCAGUUUUAGUGUAUCCUCCCAUUAUAUAAAUGCUGAGCCGUGUAUCAACACAAAGAAAUGGAGACACAAUUACUUUUUAUAAUAAAUUAUUCCAUUU